AUGAGGCUUCGUGCAUUUGAUAUAAAGCGUCGUUAUAGUCAGACAGAUAAAGGAACAACGAAGAGAUCUUUUAAGGCAUUGAUCCCAAAUAAAACUGAGAAGAGAGCAGCAGAUGAUGAUGUUAAUGAUGCCGGCGCUCAAACAACACUUGGAAACAUCAUUAUGGCCUCUUUGAAUAACGUGCUCAGAGAAAAAGUUAAAUGGAUUUGGUUGAAUGAAGACAAUGAAAGUUUUAAGACAAUGUCUGUGAGAUCUUGGGAAUAUGAAAUUUAG